GACUGUGCCAUACCUAAACAAUGAAUCGCGAAUUACAAAUACAUCAAACUUUUAUAUUCGUGUGGAAACAAUUUCAAGAUCUGGAAUUUUUGGUGCCACACCACCAUUAGGAGGUACAUAUGGUCCAAUUUCUAUAUCUUUGAUAGAACCUCCACCAGGUUGGAAUGAAAUUCAUGUUGAUUCAGUUUCUGGAG